AUGUAUCUAAAAGAAGGGCGUUCAUUGUUAUUGAGCUUGAGAAACAGCAAGAAAUCACUCCCCUUCGUUCUCAACACGAACCCACAUCUUAAUCUCGAUCCCCAAUACGAAAGAAGCCAUCCUCUUCUCAAAGAGUCCCAGGUAUUGACGAGGUUAGAGAAUGAGCCCAGCAUUUCAAUAGCUCUAGACUACUUCAAGUCGAUUGCCAAUUCAAAAGCCUUCAGACAUACUGCGCUAACGUACAGAACCAUGAUUCGGAGGCUGGGUGAUGAAGGCAAUGUUGAUGGCAUUCAGUAUCUUCUUCAUCAGAUGAAAUUAGAAGGACUUCAUUGUAAUCCCGACUUGUUUGUGAACGUGAUGAACAGUUUUGUGAAAGUGGGUUUAUCUGAACAGGCGUUGAAGUUGUUCUACAGGAUCGAUGAAUUUGGUUGCAAGCCGACUGUCAAGAUGUAUAAUCUCCUUUUGGAUGCAUUGCUUAGUGAGAAUAGGUUUGAGAUGGUCAGUUCCACAUACAGGAUUAUGAAGGCAGAUAGAGUGGAACCAAAUGUUUAUACUUACAACAUUCUCUUGAAGGCUAUGUGUAAGAAUAAUCGGGUGGAUGCUGCUCGGAAGUUGCUCUUGCAAAUGCCGGAUAAGGGUUGUGACCCUGAUGUUGUUAGCUAUACUACUGUAAUAUCAUGUAUGUGUAAUCUUGGGAAUGUGGAUGAAGCUAAAGAGCUUUCAACUAGAUUUCAACCUUCCGUGCCUAUGUAUAAUGCUCUGAUCAAUGGCUUCUGUAAGGAGGAAAGAAUUCAGGAGGCGAUGAAGUUGUUAAACCAAAUGGUGGAGGAUGGAGUUCCCCCAAAUGUCAUAACUUACUCGACAGUUAUAAGCUCACUUGCAGACAGAGGGAAUGUUGAGCUAGCUCUAGCUGUGUUUUGUAAGAUGUUUGUACGGAAUUGUACCCCGAAUCUCCAUACAUUUUCUUCAUUGAUUAAGGGGUAUUUUGCUUACGGGAGAUGUCAUGGAGCACUCGCUGUUUGGAAUCAGAUGAUUAGUGAAGGAUUUGAGCCUAACUUUGUAGUGUACAACACACUUCUCCAUGGUCUCGCCUCCCGUGGAAGGAUGGAAGAAGCCAUAUCGGUGUUCAACACAAUGGGGAAAUAUGGAUGGUCGGCCAACAUUACUACCUAUGGAACUCUCAUCGAUGGCUUUGCUAAAUCGGGCGAUCUUAUUGGCUCAUCCGAGACAUGGAACAGGAUGAUCAACUCGGGUUGUGUUCCUAAUGUUGUUGUCUAUACUUCGAUGGUGGAUGCUCUCUGUAGAAACUCCAUGUUCAACGAAGCACAUUGCCUUAUAGAAAGCAUGGCAGCUGAGAACUGCCUUCCAAACACAGUCACAUUCAAUGUGUUCAUCAAACAUUUGGCUUGCAGAGGAAGGACAGAAUGGGCUGUGAGGGUCCUCGAUGGAAUGGGGCGAUACGGGUGCUCGCCUAAUGCCACAACUUACAAUGAACUGCUUGUAGGUGUUCUCAAAUCAGAAGGAGUAAAACAAGGUAUCGAUCUUUUUAAAGAGAUGGAAGAAAGGGGGAUUAUGCCGAACUUACUCACUUAUAACUCCAUUUUGCAUUCGGUUUCUCGUGCUGGAAUGGUUGAUAUCGCUCUGCAGCUUGUUGGGAAGAUGGUGGUUUUAGGCAUGAAGCCCGAUGCUUUUACAUUUAAUAUGGUCAUUGAUGCUUAUUCUAGGCAAGGGAAGGUUGACACCGCAAUCCGGGUAAUGGAAGGAUUGAGUUCCGGAGGUAAGUGGUCUCCUGACAGUGUUGCUUACACUAACAUUCUAUGGGGGAUCUGUAAUGAGUUCGGGGUAGAGAAGGCCAGCUCUGGUUUGGAAAAGAUGGUUGAAAGUGGCGUCUUCCCUAAUGUCGCCACGUGGAAUGUCUUGGUCAGGGGAUUGUUCACUAGCUUAGAUCAUGUAGGAUCAGUUUCUUUGUUUGGUGAUAUCAUAUCUGAUAAUGGCUAG